CUUCAAUGGCCGAUUCCUGUCUAGGGUAGUUAGACUUCCGUGUAUGUCGGCGAAAAGAACUAGAUCCAAAAUUAUAUUUUGAUAAUACUUGUUUUUUUUGCGUCUAAGAACAAUACCUACGCAUACGGCUGUGAAAAUCAUAACUCUAAAGUGGUAUACAAUUUCUAAGCUGUUCUUGUGGUGGUGGCACGAAGUAUGAUGUCGAAGAGUCAAAGUGCCUGCCAACCGUUGCAUGAUACCGUGAGCAGCAGCACCCUUGGAUCGAGUGGGUCCGCCAACACCCUCCUGGCUGCGACCGUCGCGCCGUUCCGAAAAUCUAAAUCCGGCACACACCUGAACGGCUUGGGGGCAAAUUUUUCUGCCUCUCCGGACCAGCGGUUGUCCAACAUGGGAUUGCUACACCAGGGGAAGGAUCACCACGACCAUAAUGGGUUAUCUCACACCAUCAUGGAGGAAGAAGAGGAGCUUCGCGACGAGGAAGAGUUCGUGCCCGAGCAACACCAGGAAGAUGCUUUGAGCAGGAGCUUAUGCAUUGCAAAAGUAUCGUACUGGGGAUUAGUACAAAUUGCAUUUCUACUCAGAAAUUUGUAGAUGCUGACUUAGCUUCUGCUAAAAAAGUAGAUUUGUCUAUACAAAAGCGCAAUUAGUACGAGCGCGUGCGCGAUACUCUACUUGCAAAGGAUAGAGCUGGCUUUGUAGCACCCCAUUCUUGCUCUUCAUCCUGUGGCUGUCCUCUAUGGGCGAGGUAAGCUAUUCCUAUCCGUAUACACGAGAAACGUCAUUUUUCAUGAAAUUGAGAAUGAGAAAGGAUAAUUGUAGUUUGUUCCGCAGGAUGAAACAAAAGUGGUAAUCUUCUUUUUCCCAGUGUAGUUCGGCCCGUUUUUUUCAAUGACGUGCAAUCGCUACAAAUCGAUGCUGCUGGAAGUUCCUUCAGCUUCAUCUGUUGCUUUUAUUUCCGACGUUACAAACAGAAACAAGUAGCUUUUAUUUUUAAUUUUUUUGAAUCCGGAACACAUACACAACUACACGACAGGUCUAUUUUCCGGACCUGAUGAACGAAUCGCAGAUGAAUUACUGGAACUUCAAAUAUAACGCAGACCUUGCUGACGGGAAGAAGCGCACCUUCCCCCUGAGAGUGCAAAACGCUAUUCCCGGAACCCUGCCGAGCACUCUCGGCACGAAUGUGCUGUUGGGCGCAUCUGGUACUUCGCAUGUCGGCUCAUCCUUGGCGGCGCUAGGUCAACAGCGGCAGCAAGAAGGUUUGUUGACAACAGACGACUUUCAGCCGGCGCAGCAAAUCGAUCCGGAUGCGGAUACCGUCAAAAGCAACGCCCCGCCGGUGACGUCACAAGUAGGUGCGGGUCCGAGCCAGUUCUUCAUCGGCACGGAGCGCUCACAUCAACAGGAGCCGCCCGCCUCCUCCAAUUCCGCCGUAUGGAUGUGUCAGAGUUGAAAUCGACAAAGUUGAAAUAAUUUGUCACGCAUAAAAUGGAUGCCAGUUGGAACCCAGUUUCCAAGUGGCGCAUGACAAAUUUCGGCGGUCCCUAAAUCCAGUCUGUCAUGCUGUUUAGGCAAAGAAGAGCGAUUUUCUCAUGCUACUUUAGCAGCUCGAGCUGUAACCCCAAACAGGCUUACAAUCGGCCUCACUUGCCUGCUCUGCAACACACGUGCCUCGGGUCAUGCAUUUUAUGCAUUACAGAUUAUUUCAACUUUGACGAUUUCAAACCUGACGCUUCCAUACGCCGCCUCGCUCGGUUUGUCCGCUGUCGACGGUGAGGAUCUGGAAACUACCUCGAAAAUGCUGAAAAGCACCUUGCUGCUCGCAUGGUUCAACACUUGUCAGGAUGAGGUCGAUUGCAAAAUAAGUAUUCAAACCGACAAAGCGUACAAGACCGGGCCCAUGGAAACGGAGCCGACCUCAACCAUAUGCCACAUGAUUCGACCCGCGAAAGGGGAGCGACUGGAGUUGGAUAUCUUUCACAGCAAGCAACUGCAGCCCGCGGUCGGGGCCAGCAUUGUUGAUCUUCAGGGAACUACACCAGGUAUAUACGCAAGGCUACGUAUACGUACUGCCUCGCAGAUCCUCCGAGGUCGCUAUGUAUAAUGAGCACAUUUUCCCAGCAGCAGGUUUUCCUCGUUCACCAGUUCCGUCGUUCCGAUGCAAUACGCGCUUAUGAUCGUCUCGGCGUCACUCCAACUAUUCAUAGUUGAACUAUUCAUAGUCGACAUAUUUUUUUUUUGCUACUGACGCCCACAACUGCGCGAGCGCUAGUUUUGCUAAAUGACAGGCUCGUCCAUUACAAUUGAGUAGGAAGGACGAGAGCCUAUCCCAACACACAACGGGAAGAACAACAAAACGCCACAGGAACGUCGACUGGAGCCAGUGGCUCCACGAGCCCACUUGCUUUGGGGGGAAGCAAGAACCCCAUAUCCCACUUUCACAACAUGGGACGCCUAGUGGAGCAGACAGCUGGUGCGAAGAGCGACUUAGAGAAGUGCGUUGCGAAGAUCGAGUACGUAAUGCGGGAAAAUCCAGGUAUGUCUUGCUUUUGCCGCCACUGCCAAUCGAUCGCGUCAUCCAUUGUCUUCAGGUGUAGAAGAAAUAUCAUGGAGAUCUCAGGCUGCCUUGACCACCUCCUUUGUGAGUGUCAAGGUGGCAAUGUGCUUCACGCGAUCUCCAUCAAAGAGCUACGGGUGAACUGCUUCGGGUUUGAAUCUGCACUACCGACUCCAGAACUAGCAGCAAAAAUUCUGAAGGAAAAACCAGGGGAAGCAGUGCGGUUCAUACGAGACCUGUGCGACAUCUACCCGAAGCUACUACCAGUGCACUACAGCACAGCAUUCACACCGAUGCCACGAGAAGGGAUACCACUGGAAAAAUCUAGCAGAGCAAAUACCAAGAAGCCGGUGGGGGAUAGAGCUAAGAAAAUUUUGCAGAAAUUACAAAAACAAAUGUAAGAUAAAGUAAGCUGAACUUGUAAGAUUCGAAUGCUUGGUCUAUAGCGUGAAGUGAUCAGAUUUUGUACAAAGUGAAUGAUGGCAGAAAGAGAAAGAAAAAUGAAAAACAAAAAGAAAGCCAUGAGAAGCUCUACCAUCAGUAGAGAAAGAAUUUGUUCACAAAGGAGGCGGCCAGAAAGGAGAAUCCUCAGUAUAUGACGCAGUUCCUAACUGCUUACUUUUUCUCUUGAUUAGCAACAGUGGCACAGCACAGAUUUCUGUUUUAUAAAUGAUGAACUUGAUUAAGAAUAGGAGUCCGUAUUGCCUGAAGAGAUGAUGAGUGCUAUGUAGUGGAUUGAAGACCGGGAAGCGAAGGGGACGAGGCGGUGAAGGGCGCUGUGCAGAUACAGUAAAAUUUAAAUAGCGCCGGCCACUAGUAGUCAUGAGCAUCUGGUGGCAACAGGCAAGACAGUAAUUAGUUACGCCGUGAAGGCAAAAGGAGGAGCUGGAGAAGGACAACGUGAUAACGGAGACGCUGACAGGUACGCAUCCCGGGGUCCUCGUUACAAAGUGAGAACAACGCCGGACGGUGUAACUCACUUUAGGAUACCCAAGAGGAUGCACCGGCGGAAAGUGUUUUUGUACGGAAGCACUAGGUCACGCAGUAAGCGUUCGGUCAAUAAGACAUUUUCGACGCUUCAUCAUCAUCAUCAUCAUCAUCAUCAAGAAAUAUCAUGGAGAAAAAAACGAAGGAGCUCGUCUCACUUACUUCUCGUCGCAAGAAUUAUGUAAAAACUCAUACACAAUCCCUCUAUGAAAUUGCGUUCGCGAUCACGAUUUGAAGAUGAAUAGUACAUUGCCUACAAUAAUACAGAAGAAGCUGUCGCGGAGAACUGGGUGAACACCAAGAUGAUUGCAAGGCCUAUGCAUCUCUUCUCCUUUUUAUGAGACGUAACAGAAGACGCUUCAGGUUGGUGAUGUAGCACUGCGCAACCAGCGGGAACUAACGCAUCCGGACGCACGAUUCCGAGACACAGCAAUAUCAAAAUGCACGGCGAAGAAUUUUAUGGUGUCUAGUCAAAGUACAACUACAAGUAGAGGGGUGUUAUAAACCUAAUGGUGCCGCCUGAUAAUGAUAAUGAUGCAGUUGCAGGUGCUAGUGUGUGAUCACCUCCGGGGGCGCCUUCCGAAGUCUUUGCAUUCAUACGAACUCAUCCAUCGUCUUGGAAACGUGAUGGUGCUGAUCUUCAAGCCAUCAGAGGCCCGAACAUUGCACAAGCAAAACUGGGGGCUAGCAGCUGGUCCUGCGAUCUGCGAGGGGUUAGCACAGAUUUGCCUCUUCACCGGAAUCGUCCUCAGCUGUGCGCAGUUGAAAACCAUCAUAUACUGCAGCGGCUCCGUAUGGUCAGCACUCGGCUGCUGGCUGUUUCUCCAGAAGAAACUUAACACGUGGCAAAUUGUAUUGUGAGUACCGUAGGACUUGAAGUUGAUGCUUAUUCUUGAUGCGAUCGUGGACCUGGUCGUGGUCUUUGAGCGACAUUCGCACACACGGAAGUAGCUGAGCUGUGCUGGACAUGAUAAAUUCAGAAAUACUUACCAAGCGUAUUAAAGAACAAGAAUAUGAAUAUGGAAUUAGAAAUACUCGAGCUGGGAAACCAACGACCACGAAGGACAUAAAGAGCGAACAAUUCAAAUCGAGUGCGAUGCAUGCUGCGGGCAGCACGACCAUGCGUGGUCUUUGUAUCAAAACCUGGUCACAACACAACAGAUCGGCAUGCUUCUGGUGAUUCUGGGUUUGAUGGCCAAGUCGAAGUCGUCCUUCGAUGUAAUCACAAAAUCUGGGGGCAGUGACGUUCUAGCCAUUGUGCUCAUGCUCGCAGGGACCAUUCUGCACAGCUUGACUAACGUCUUCAAUCAGAAGAUUCUUCAGGUUUGUAGUUCUGGAUACCGGUUUUUGUAGUUCCUCAAGCGCUAGGUUGUUUCUGUUUCAUGUAUAACACCACUAUUGAUGUGCGGCUCCUUGCUUGGUCGUGGUCAUGAUUGAUCACGAAAUUAUUGGCUUAGGUCUUCUUCCAUCCUUGAUUUGUGAAUGACACUCGACAGACAGAUAAUGAUAAACUUAAACAUGCUUUAACGAAUUCGAAUAUUCGCAUUGAUGUUUCCACCGAAAAGCGAUGUUAAGACCAUCACUCCACAUAUUAAUUGGACAGGCUUGCAACAGCGAUACAAUCAAGCCGAUUCCUGCCGCGUCUCUUGCUGUGAUGAUCGGAAUUAUCUCCUGUUUCUUGUAUAGCUUCUACUUCGCCGGGUGGGUCUGGCCCGAGUUCUCCGAUAUCGUGGUUGAGCCUAUCAAAGUGGACAAGUACGAUCUUGCCGUGAUCUAUCCAGGAAAAAACACCUAUCCGCAUCCAAUUCGUCAUGCAAAACAUGAAUGAAGUCCACUAUUUGCCAUGCAAAAAAUAAUGGAUGGGGAUGGGUUUUUUUCUGUGGAUAUGAUCGGAUCCGUCGGGCUCCUGAUUGCCAGUUGGCUCCACGCCGCCGCGUUCUUCUUUCUCCUGGGCAACAUAGGCGUCGUCUCCUGCUCCAUGGUCAAGGGAGCUCAAACAGGAACCUACGUCAUGCUGUCCCAUUUCUUGUGGUGUGACUACGAAAAGAACCCAAAGCAGUGCAUCGACACGUACUGCUAGUGCUUGACAUGAACCCUUUUGCUCUGCUUCUUCACUUCAGCUGUUGUUGAGUGACUAGGAAAUCGACCACCUCUUCUGCAACAAGUAUAUACAAGAAACAUAUAUGAUGAAAUAAAAGGCAAGGUGGAUCUUGUUGCAUCAGUUUCAGCAUCUGCGUUGACUCUUGAUUGUAUGAAGAUCGGUCGAAGUGCUACAUCAAAUGAUGUGAUUGAGCUUCAAUCUUGUUUAAACUGUUCUCGAUUUCCAGGUACACGGGAAUUGCGACGGUGCUCUCUAUUCUUGGCGUUCUCGUUUAUUCUUACGCGAGCGUUUAUUGCGUCCCCACGCCUUCCGUUCCAGAAACGGAAAUCGAGAAGGUUGAGGAACUAAAGGUCCCACGCUCCGUCUACCAGUCGCAGGAUGGCCGCUCGAUUACAGUAUACAGCAAGGCGGACAAGCAACGUACCAGCAGCGUAUACUCCAUCUCGAUGAAUCACGUCGUUGACGAACAGGCUCUGACCGCAGCGCUGAGCACCACCAGAAGUCGAAGUCGUUUGGGCUCCGUGGAGUUGGAAAAUAUGGAGGAAGAUCUUUUGGACGACUGCAAAAAAGUGUAAAGGAAAGGUGUCUCCACCUAGUACUCCACCUUCAUCACGCCUACUAAAUGUAUCGACAAUGCCUGCUAAAUGUAUCGACUGCAGCAAUAUUAGGAAUGAUUCCACCACGCGUCAUGGUGCAGUGUGAGAAGAAUGAUUGAAGGAGGUGUGUACAUCAAAAAAAUGAAAAUCAGGGUUGAAGUCAUACGGCAAAGUAGCAAACGAAAACUCAGCACGCAGGUAUUGGCGAAGGUACCUCGAUUACAGGCAGAAGAAAGAGGAACGUUAAAAACCAACUAUUUUCUGACUAUCGUACCGAAGUCUGGCAAUUAUUUCCCAGCUGCUUCGGCCAAUAGGACUACGAGGGGGGGGGCAAACCCGCACAGGAGCACAGCUGAAAUAGAGGUAAAGCGCCGCCUCCAGUUGUAGUC